AUGGAAUCAUCGAACUUUAUACCACCUAAUUGCUGGGCGGCGAAUAAAGCUCGCACCAUAACGAGCCCUGGACACUUGCACGGUUAUGCCGCUGGAAAAUUCGCGGUGGCCCCGGAUAAUUCCGUUUUCCAGAAGAAAAACGCCAUUCCCGGGCCCAGUGACAGCAAUUGGCUGUCAAAACCGAUCAUGACUUGGACAUUGCUUCCGUGUGAGCCCGUGGAGGAACCAAUUCUGAUGUAUCUGGCUCUAGUUGAGCCAAAAGCUAAAGAAGACCGGUCGCGGUGUGAUUGGAUCCCUUCAUUGCAUGGGUUGACAUUUCAGGAGGCGGACGAAAUGGUCAUUCGGAAUUAUGUAUAA